AUGAUUGCAUUAAUUACAACGAUCCUCGGAUUUAGUAGGAUACAUGUUAUCGCAGAAGAGAAUAGCCAAGUGUAUUCAUCAUUGACAUUUAUUUGUGUGGACGGCACCGUAAUGCCAUUAGUGAAUGUUUGCGAUGGUAUCCCUCAUUGUCCGGACUCGUCGGACGAAAUCGGAACACUUUGCCGUCAUGUUGUGUGUCCCACUUAUAUGUACAGAUGCAAUUACGGUGCCUGCGUGAGUCGUAUUGCGCGAUGCAAUGGUCUGGUAGAUUGUAUAGACGCUAGCGAUGAAAUCGCUUGUGACCGAGGCGCUAAUGAUAUUUGUUUUGACAGAGAUUUCCAAUGUUCUACUGUUUAUCAAGAGUGCAUACCUUUCGCCGAGGUGUGCAAUGGCUACAAAGAUUGUUCAGAUGGGAGCGAUGAGAAUGCGACAUUCUGUCGCGAAUAUACAUGUCCUGAGUAUACAUUCCGUUGUUCGUACGGAGGUUGCGUUCAUCAGGAAGUGGUUUGCGACGGUGUGAAGGAUUGCGUCGACGGCACCGACGAAGACUCGAGUACAUGCGCGGCUGUCAAUUGUGAGGAUCACGAAUGUUCGCAAUACGAAUGCCGAGAUCAAGAAUUCACAUGCGAGAAUAGACGGCAAUGUUUACCGAUGACUAAAGUGUGCGAUGGUAUUCGACACUGCGCAGAUGCGUCUGAUGAAAGUGCAAAAUUGUGCGAAGUAUAUGAAUGUCCUGAAAAUUGGUUUCGUUGCGCUUAUGGCGGAUGCAUUCGGCCGGAGUUGAAGUGUAAUUCUCAACUUAAUUGUCACGAUUGGAGCGACGAGGAUGAGUCGUUAUGUGGGAUAACGUUGUCAGAAGGUGCCUGUCGAUUGCCCGCCGCAAAAGCAGGGACCCAUUACAACGUAAGCGGAUGCUCCAGAUGUCGACCGGGAGAAGUCGUUCCCGAGCUCACUCGCCUUGACUAUGUCUGUGACGUCGAAGGCUUCUUGCAAGGUGCCAGUGAAAUUUACUGUCAAAAUAACCGAUGGUUUCCCAAUGUCCCGAGUUGUACCUUCAAGAAUGAGACGAAAGGAAUAACGUGUCCAACACCGUUUGAAGCGCAUAAUGCGAUUAGACAAUGCGAGGCGAUGUGGGGUCCUCACAAAGGGUGGUUGUCUUGUGACCAGGCCCUCCCAGUCACGGCAGCACUAAUUGUAAAGGGUUGGAGUGUUGAAAAAGAAGAGACACUACCAUGGCAAGCCACUCUUUUUUCACAUGAGGAUGGUCAGUGGAGUUUCUUUUGCGGCGGCACAUUGAUAGCAGAACGCGUUGUGUUAACUGCAGGUCAUUGCGUUUGGAAGACUGCUGCAGAUACGAUACGUGUUGCUUUCGGGAUUCUCUCGAGUGACUUAAAUCAAAUAGGGGAAAACGCGCAAGUGAUCGAUGUGGAAAGCAUCAAAUUGCAGAAUGCGUAUCAAGAUUAUGAAAGUAAUUAUGGUUCGGAUAUCGCGUUGCUGAUUUUGAAAAAAGUUGUGACUAUUAAUAUGGUCGUUGGACCAGUUUGCAUUCCUUGGAAUUCUGAUUCGAUAUUACUGGAAUAUCAACGAAACAGUGGUCUUGGACUAGUUGCCGGCAUGGGGUUAACGGAGAACAACACAUUUAGUUCAGUCUUGAGGGUAACUACAGUAAAAAUCAUUUCCGACGAUGAGUGUCGUAAAAACCAAAAUAGAGAUUUCCGAAAAUAUUUGACUUACACUUCCUUUUGCGCCGGAUGGGCGAAUGGUACUGGAGUAUGCAAUGGAGAUAGCGGUGGAGGUUUGGUGCUUCAGCGACCGAAUUCCAGUGUCUGGGAAAUUCACGGAGUUGUUUCUGUGAGCCCACGAAAACUGGGUACCAACGUAUGUGAUCCGAAUUUCUAUGCUGUUUUCACAAAGAAUUUUCAAAUAAAAACUCAGAAAAGUGGAAUACGAGUGAAUCCUGGAUUAAGUAUAAUAACAUAUGUGACUUACACGUUUAAAAGAAUGACUAAACGCAUAAUUCCGAAUGUAAUAAUUCCGAUUGAAAUCAAUGGAAAGAUUUUCGAUUAUCAAGUAAUAUCUAACUUUGCCACCGAACAUAUCAACAUCGAACCGAAGUCAGUUGACUUUGGUAUUAUCGAUAUUGGCUAUAUCGGUUUAAAAAUAUUAACAAUCCAUAACGAAGGAAACAAAAGUACCAGGAUUAAGUCUACUCCAAAUAUACGCGUUCCCAUCAAAGUGCGUGUAAUCGAGCCGAAAUUAGUAGUUUAUCAUCCGAAUACGACUGGAGAUUUUACCCUCAUAGAUUUUCCACCUACGAUAGAAAAUACCUGUAGGCACGAUACUUUUGUCCUGCGUAAUCUUUCGUCUCGAGCAUCCAGUUAUGUUGUUCUUGGUGAAAUUGAUAACGAAGUAAAAUGCAUUCCGGAUAUCGAUCGCAAGCAACAUCCGAUUUAUAAUAUCUUUGAAAUUCAUCCGUUUGAAGGGCGAUUAGAUCCAUUUCAAGGUAUCAUUUUUGAAGUAAAAUUUUCACCAAUAAAUAUAUUAUCGCAACGAAGAAAAGAGCAGGAGCAAAAGCAAUGGAGAAAGUGUGAAACUAAAUAUCCAAAUCAGAAGAAUAGAGAUUUCAUGCAAUUUAUUAGAAUAGUCAGGGUACAUUAUAUCGAAUCGGAAAAUAUCAUCAAAGACUCAAUGGAAACUUCAUCCAUGUUAAUGCCUUACAUAUCAAGUAUUGAUUCAAAAAUCUAUGACAUAAAGCUUUAUCUUUACGGUGAAGUGGAACCGAUACAAGUACAUUUUGAACCUGAUACUCUUUAUUUUGGAGACCUAAUUGUCGGCCAGAUAGCGCAGCGCGUGCUUCGUCUGACAAAUCCUUCUGCUGUUGUACCGAUAUAUUUAGAAUGUGCGCCAAAUGCAGCUGUACGCUGCUAUCCGAAGUGGGUGAAACUUAUGCCUAAAACGUCGAUCGAAGUUCUUGUUAAAAUUUGCGGCAAAGAAAGCAUUGAAUCUUCCUUCAAAUUGCUCUUUAAUGUCGCAGCAGAUUCUUAUGAUUCGACUGUAUCAAGACGAUGUUUCAGUAGAAUAAAAGUUGGAAGUUACUUUAUUGUAUGUACGGUGAAUAUUAUUUUCAAGUCCAAAAAGGGACUUUUAAGUGAUUCAAUGAUCUUACAACCAGGCUCGACGAUGACCAAAUUAAUCGAGUAUUUUGCGGACAAAGUUUGCGGCAAGUUUACUGGAUCUAUCAAUUAUGUGAUUAAUCAUAAUCACUCUUUCGAGUUUAAUAUUACUGCUUGCAUUAUUCGCAAACAAUUGUGUAUCGAUAAAAGAGAGAUCGAACUUGUGAAAGAACAGUCGAGAGAAAUUUAUCAACCAAUAGCUUCUAUUGUUCGAAUUAUAAAUAAAUUGAACGCGAAAAUAUACUUCAGGUGGGAAAUACCAGCGACGUCUAGAUUCUAUAUAGAACCGGAAUUCGGUUCCGUGCGGGGUAAUGCUACUUUACACGCUUACGUGCACUACGAAUACAAUAACAUGAAGGAUAAUUCGAACAUUCAAGCGAUGAUGAUAUGCGAGAGCGGAAGUCGCGUGUCUCUGCGACUUAGCGCAUCGCAAUUUGUGCCGAAGGUUGAAUUCGUAAAUGAUAACGCGAAUCUCGGGGAAAUACCUCUCAAUUUGCCAACGAAGGUGAUUGCCGUUCUUCAAAACUUUGAAUUUAAUGAGGUGACGUAUGAGGUGGAUAGCGCUUCAUUGAUACGCGGUUGCAAUGUUAAACCACUGCGAGGGAAAAUAUCUCCGCGCGGUAUUGCAAUUCUUGAGAUAUACCUUACAUUCGACGUUUGCUGUCGCUUUACUAUCGUAAUUGCCGUUACGAUUGAAGGACGCCUACAGUUACUGUAUAAAAUAAAUGGCAAUGUGUCAUUUCCGCGAUUGAGACUCGUGCCGCAACGAAUAGACAUAAAACGCCUCAGAAUCGGUGCUCUUCAAACUCAUCAGAUAACAGCCACGAACAUUGGGACAACGUUGUUGAAACUCCAGGUUUUGUUGGAAGAGUAUCCCGAGUUUCGCAUUUCUCUGUCGGCAAAUGACAAGAGUUCGGAAAUAGGUACGGAAGGGAUAACCAUCGCCCCAGAUACAAGUCAAAACCUCUAUUUGCACUUUCAACCAGUCGAUUUAGCCAGUUGUUCUUUCUAUCUGCCGAUUGUGAUAAAUGAGCUGCUUGGUCCAGUAUCGAUGUUGAAUUCCAAGAGCACUCGACCAGCAGAAAUUUUGAAAUUGCAUGAAGCUCAUUACAUGCAUUUAUCAGGUUUUUCCAUGACGACGUUACCUGAUAAACUACCGACUGUAUCUAUCGAUUAUACCGUGGCUGACCGCAUUAUUUUCUUCAGCAAACUUUUGUUUCGAUUCAACACUUUGACUAACGAAAUAAAUUCGAUUUGGCAAAAGUCAGUCAACGAUCGCAUCGUUGUCCAAUGGGCAGCUCAAGGAGAAUGCGUUUGCUCAAAUCAGCGAAGUGACGUAAGAGCUUGUCCGUUUAAUAUCAGCAUACCUAUACCAUCCUGUAACGUUCAAUUUCGGAGAUGUGUAAUUGAAAUGUUUAAAAAAACUCUCGAACCGCGAGAACAUCUAUUCUGGUCCAAAUACUCGAAUACCUAUAUCGAGCUACAAUUAAUAAAGUGGUUGAUGAGAAGUGAUUUUGCAGCUCUCGAAUUUAUGCAUGUUUUUAACACCACAGUGACAUAUAAAGUUACAAUUUCGGAUAAAUCAAGUCCUCUUAUUUUACCAGAAUGUUUUACUAUACAAGGUAAAUAA